UUCGGAACCAAAACGGUUACCGAAUCCGAUUCCGACUUCCGACUCGGAAUCGGAGUAAUUCCGAUUCCGAUUCCGAGUUCCGAAACUUCCGACUCCGCCGGAGUAGGAAUCGGAGCGGAACCGGACGGAAUCGGAGGUUUCGGAAUUUUGCACACCCCUAGUCUUGUCUUGGUGCCUUUUCCCCUCCAUCGCAUCUUCUAUGAACAAUAUCCUUCCUGCACUGGCAUUUGCAACAGCUUGGAUUUUUGGGUUAGUUUUAAUAUCAGGAUCAUUUAUACAUGUGGUGGUUGGAGAAGUAAUGUUGAUGACUCUAAUCCAAGUACGGGAGCUCAAUUUGCCAGGGGCGAAAGAAAGAUCAGACCACCCUGCUCAAUCUGCUAGUGCAACAAAUAAGCAAGAUCUCAUGAAGGGCAAUCCACGAUGCAGACUGGUAGUUGAAGUUGAAGAGCCUGCGCAGGCUGGUAAUUGGAGGAUCCGACUUCAAUCCACAACGAAGAAACUGAAACCUGAGAGCAGAACUCUGCAACUUAAAAGCAUUGUCAUUGCACAAUGCAAAUUAAAGAAAAAUGCUUCAAAAAAAAAUUAUAUUGACCUAGUUAAACUUUUCAAAUUUGAGAUUUAUGCUACAAUAAAUAUUAGUUACUCUUUAUAUUAGGAUAGCUCCUGUACACGGGCUAAAAGAGCAUUUGAUUAUUUCUUUACCUAACACUUCUCUUUCACUUCGCUUUCCCUCGGUUUGUCCUCGCCAGAACAUAAACUUUUUUUUUCUCUUUCCCAGUUUCUUCAU